AUGGAAACAAGAAACCAAAAAGCCAUUACAGAAGUUUUCAACCAAUACGAUACUGAUAAAAAUGGAAAGCUUGACCGCCAGCAAUUAAAGGAUUGCAUUAAAGACUUAAAUGGCAGAGAAUUAGACGAUACAGAAUUAAAUCAGAUCUUCUCAUUAAUGAACGGCGAAAAGGACGGUUUUGUCCACCUUUCUGAGUUCGUUAAGGUUAUGGAACAGUUCUUCAAAUUCUGCUAA